AUGAUUCCAAGUCAAAUCCUACUGUUGCUUUCCUUCGGUGUAGCCGCUGUUACAGGGCGCUCUUCCAAACCCAACUUCAUCUUCAUCAUUACCGACGAUCAAGACUUGCACUUAAACUCGCUCGACUACCAACCUGCUGUGAAGAAGCAUUUCGCUCAGGAAGGUACUUGGUUCAAGAAGCAUUUCUGCACCGUAGCACUGUGUUGCCCAUCGCGAGUGUCGCUCUUGACCGGGAAAGCUGCACACAACACGAACGUCACAGACGUCUCAGCUCCUUACGUCUUGAUUGACCCCGGAACAUACGUCUUCUACAACUCAACCAUGACCCAUAACCACGACGCGUACAGAAACCUUCCAGGAGAAUACUCAACCGACCUCGUAGCCAACGCUGCAGUCACUUUCCUAGAAGAAGCCAUCGCAGCACCCGACCGACCUUUCUUCAUCGGGGUCGCACCCAUAGCCCCUCACUCAGAAACGAUCACUAACCCACGCCCUACAAAGUUCAACCUACCCGUCCCUGCGAAGCGACACGAGCAUCUCUUCCCCGACGUAAAAGUACCCCGAACACCAAACUUCAACCCCUCCAAACCAGGCACAGCAUCCUACUUCUCCACACUCCGCCCGCUCAACGCCUCAGAAAUUGAGUACAACGACGCCUGGUACCGCGCGCGUCUCCAAACCCUGCAAUCCGUCGACGACCUCAUCGACUCCAUCUUCAACCGCUUGGACCAAAACCCCGAGGUCCUAGAAAACACCUACCUAAUCUACACAACCGACAACGGCUUCCAUAUUAGCCAACACCGGCUCCCACCCGGCAAAUCCUGCGGCAUAGAAGAAGACAUAAACAUCCCCUUCUUCAUCCGCGGCCCGGGUAUUGCUAAAGGGGCUGUUCAAAAUAUUCCUUCUAGCCAUACGGAUAUCGUACCUACGCUGUUUCAUCUUGCUGGCAUACCACCCCGGGAGGACUUUGACGGGGAGCCUAUUCCUGUUAAGGGAGAGAUGCAGGGAAGGGGUGGGAAGAGCGAACAUGUUAAUAUUGAGUUUUGGGGCAAUUAUUUGGUCGAGGGGAAUACGUUCUACGGACAGAGUGCAUGGGUAAACAACACGUAUAAGACGGUGAGGGUGGUGGGGGAGGAGUACGAUCUUGCGUAUACGGUUUGGUGUACGAAUGAUCACGAACUUUAUGAUAUGACGACCGACCCCUAUCAACUCACCAACCUCCACUCCUCAACCACAACCAACGCCACCACCUGCAUAAACAGCUGGCCCAUCCACAAACUCACCGCUCGGCUCGAUGCCCUCUUACUCACGCUCAAGCGCUGCAAAGGCCGCGUGUGCACGAGGCCGUGGGAAAAAUUGCAUCCAGAGGGCAAUGUGCGCAAUCUGAAAGAUGCUAUGCAGGAAAGGUACGAUGUGUUUUACCUGGAGAAGCAGAAGAAGGUUAGCUUUGACGAAUGUGCGUUGGGUCAGAUAUUGGAAGUUGAGGGGCCGCUGGAGCCGGUGGCUUGGAGGGAGGAGUGGGAUGAGUGGAGUUGGGCUACGUAG